AUGAUAAUUGGAGCUAAUAAGGAAAAUGAGCCCGAUCAUAGUUUGGAUGAUGCAGGCGAUUUGGACCAGAGUCUUCUGAUAGAUUCCGAGGAGACCGAGGAGGAAGUUGAGUUUCAGGUAGUCCAUGAUAUCUGCAGUUUUUUCUCCAAUAAUAUGUACUAUAACACGGUUUCAGAAUUCGUUUAA